AUGGGCUACCUACCGGCCAACGUUGCUCACCGUGUUCCAAAGGAGGGCCAGGUCGUCCCCACGCCGAAGCCAGACGCCACCGCAGGAGGAGCCGGGGUAACUCCGCUACCCCAACCUGCUUCAGAGAAGGCUCCAACUGGGUGGCCGGAUGCGGUGGAGGAGGCGCUGACCAACUCCUCCAUCACCGAGGAGCACCAUGCCUUGAUGAGCACGGUUUUGCAAAGCAUUCGGUCCGUGGACAACGGGCUGAAAGAAGCUUUAAGUGGCCUCUUGACGGGCUUCAAGGCAUCGUAUUCGGCAGUGGCUGCCCGAGCCGAGGAAUGGGCCGAGCUCAAUCGAAAGUUCAAGAGCUCCGAUGACGAGCUCGAUCGGAUUAACAAGUGGUUUGACGAGGCUCUAGCUGUCGCCGCGGAGGUUGAGAACCUCAAGGCCGAGUUGCGGAAGGCUCUGCAGGAAGCUGCGAAACAGAAGGUGGCGGCCGAACAACUGGUCACCGAACUGGCGAUGGUGAAGACCACCAGCCAGAAGCAUGAGGCCGGAGUGGCCGAGGUGCAACAAGAUGUCAAGGAUGCUGUCACAAAAUGUGAGGACCUUGAGCAAAAAAGUAAGGAUCAAGCGUCUGAGCCGACCUCGUUGAGGUCGACGAUCAAAGAGGAGCGGGUGAAGGCGUGA